GGCGGAGCGGACAGCCGGCUCUGCUCGGCUCCGCGGUGACUGACAGGAGAAGCGUCGCGCGACUGGUGGCUAACGACUACGCCGAGUCACAGAGGAGGAAAAAACCCCACAAAACAACACCCGCCGCCCGGGACCCGGCCCUUCUUCACCCCGCCAGAGCUGGAAUGCACCGCCGCCGGUAGAAGUUACGUGUGUGCGGACUGAUUUGACGUUUAAAAGCGGGUGUUCAGGGGGGAUGGGAGAUGAUGGAGGACAAAGGCCCUCGUGUAGCCGACUACUUUGUGGUGGCUGGUCUGACGGAUCCGUCCAAGCCGUUGGACCAGGAGAUCCACUUCGACGACGUCUGCCACAAGACGGCCCGGCCCAAGGCUCCCAUCACGGAUGUUGCCGUGGUGAUCCGCUCGCUGGGUGAAGAGGUACCGCCCGGAUUCACCUGCAUCGAGACCACGCCCACCGGCCUGUCAGCUGACCUGAACAACGGCGGCCUCAUGGCGCCGCAGAUCUUCCUCUGCUACAGACGAGGUCGAGACAAACCACCGCUGACUGACCUGGGAGUUCUGUAUGAGUGGAAGGAGCGUCUGAAGCAGGGCUGUCACCUCAUACAGACCACGCCCUCAGGACGUCCUGCCAACAUCAGCGGCAACUCGUCCCAGAGGAUCUACGUCACAUACCGCCGGGCGCCAGAGAGCCAACCGCACGCUGCUCUGGCCGUGACCGACAUCUGCAUCAUCAUCCCGAGCAAAGGAGAGACACCUCCACACACCUUCUGUAAAGUGGAGAAGAACCUCAACAGCAGCAUGUGGGGCUCCACUGUCUACCUGUGUUACAAGAAAUCUGUGGCCAAAACCAACACAAUAGCAUACAAAGCAGGUUUAUUCAGCAGAUAUCCAGAGGAGGACUACGAGUCGUUCCCUCUGCCCGAGUCGGUUCCACUCUUCUGCCUCCCCAUGGGCGCCACCAUCGAGUCCUGGCCUGCCAACACCAAGUACUCCCUCCCAGUUUUCUCCACCUUUGUCCUGACGGGGGCCUCUGGAGAAAAGGUUUAUGGAGCUGCCAUUCAGUUCUAUGAGCCCUAUCCACCAGAGUGUCUGACGGAUCAGCAGUUGUCACAGCUGGGUCUCCUCAACCCAGAUCCUCAAAAACCCUCCAGCACCAGCAGCUCCACCUCCAGCUCCAGCUCCAGCUCCAGCUCCAGCUCCACCUGCUCCAUCUACACCAACAAGUGUAUCUGCCUUCUCUCCCAUUGGCCCUUUUUUGACGCUUUCCGAAAGUUCCUCACAUUCCUUUAUCGCUACUCCAUCUCUGGGCCCCACGCCCUCCCCAUCGAGAAGCACAUCUCUCAUUUUAUGCACAAAGUCCCGUUCCCGUCAUCUCAGAGGCCUCGCAUCCUCGUGCAGCUCUCCCCUCAUGACAGCCUCAUGCUGAGUCAGCCGGUGUCGUCGCCAUUACCGCUCAGUGGAGGCCGGUUUUCCACGCUGCUCCAGAACCUGGGACCAGAGAACGCCGUCACUCUGCUGGUGUUCGCCGUCACUGAACAUAAGAUCCUAGUCCAUUCAUUACGGCCGGCGGUGCUGACCAGCGUCACCGAGGCUCUGGUGUCGAUGAUCUUCCCCUUCCACUGGCCGUGUCCUUACAUCCCUCUGUGUCCCCUGGCUCUGGCCGACGUGUUGAGCGCCCCCUGCCCGUUCAUCGUCGGGGUCGACUCCCGGUAUUUCGACCUUUACGACCCUCCGCCGGACGUGAGCUGCGUGGAUCUGGACACGAACACCAUCUUCCACAACGAAGAUAAGCGAGCACUCACAUGGAAGAUCCUGCCAAAGAAAGCCUGUAAAAACCUGAUGAAUGUGCUGAGCAAUCUCCACCAGCAACUGAUAGACGGUCAUCAGUAUCGGCCUGAUGGGCUGCUGGAGCUCAGCAUGAGUGACUCCUCAGAGCUGAGCUGUGGGAAAAGCCUCCACACUCUGGAGCUGGAGAUCCAGGAGGCCUUCCUGCGCUUCAUGGCGGCCAUAUUGAAAGGAUACCGCUUGUUCCUGCGACCCAUCACACAGGCGCCGUCGGAGAAAGCAACGGACGCCAGCUCUCUGUUUGACCUGCAAGGGUUCCUGAAGAGCCGUGACCGUUCCCAUCAGAAGUUCUACACUCUGAUGACCAAAACCCAGAUGUUCAUCCGCUUCAUCGAGGAGUGUUCGUUCGUCAGUGACAAAGACGCCAGCCUGGCUUUCUUUGAUGACUGCGUGGACAAACUCUUCAGCUCAGAGCGGAGUUCAGACAAAGGAGGCAAGGUGGACGGGGACAGACCGGAGGAGACCAGGCUCAUAGAGAUCGAUGAGUCCCAGCGCAGUGAACACACGGUGUUCAUCACGCCUCCAGAACUGCCUCCGCUGCCUGAAGGAGAUGAACAUCCACUCUGUUACAGGUACGACGGUUUCCCAGUGUUAAGUCUGGACCUGUUUGACCCGGUGGAGGGUCUGCAGACGCCAUGCUCACGGCUCACGGCUCGACACAGCUGUCCCACAAGCCCCGCCCCUAUGUUCAGACGGACCAAACAGGAGAUUAAAUCAGCUCAGAAAAUAGCCAAGAAGUACUCGUCAGUCCCUCAGCUUUGGUCCAAGUGCCUGCUCCGUCACUGCUAUGGCCUGUGGUUCAUCUGUCUGCCAGCCUACGUCAAGGUCUGCCACUCCAAAGUACGAGCACUGCGAACCGCCUACGAUGUCCUGAGGAAGAUGCAGGCCAAGAAGCUGCAGCCUCCGGACGAGGUUUGCUACCGGGUGCUAAUGCAGCUCUGUGGACAGUACGGGCAGCCUGUUCUGGCUGUUCGAGUCCUCUUUGAGAUGAAGAAGGCAGGAGUCCAUCCAAACGCCAUCACGUACGGUUACUACAACAAGGCGGUGUUGGAGAGCACAUGGCCUUCGAGCACCAGAGGCGGGUACUUCCUGUGGAUGAAGCUGAGGAAUGUGGUUCUGGGCGUGGCUCAGUUCAAACGGGCAUUGCGUCGCCAUGGACCUCCGAACCAGAGCCCUCUGUCAGACGGCAGUGACCUGGACGCUGUGAGUCACGGCAGCUUGGACAGUUCGGCCGACACCAACCCGACCGACGCCGUCAGACCCGACCACACCGACGAUAGAUCCAGUACAGUCGGCCGUAGGGGUGGCGUUGUGGGCGUCGGGGGCCCGGGGGCCUACUCACACUGGGGGGACGCCACCCUCCACUCAGGAGAUCAGUCAGAUCUGGGUUAUAAUUCGCUGUCCAAAGAAGAGGUUCGAAGAGGAGAUCCUGGUGCUCAGGACAAGGAUGACAAGAAGGAGAGCGACUGCAGUUCCUUGUCGGAGACAGAGAGCGCCAAGGGGAGUAAAGACCACCUGCCUCAGCUGGAUGUCGAAGCCCCCUCCUCCUUCAGACCAAGAGGUAUCGUACGCAGCAGCUAUCCCUACGACGAUUCAGCCGCCAAGCCCAAGAGUUCAGCCAGCACAGGUCACGUCGCUGGCCUCCUCUUCACCUCAUCCCUGGAUGAGAUCGGUGAAGUCCAGACCAACAGUUUACUCCGCAGACAUAAGAGCACGUUGGAGGAGGUGGUGGGCAGCGCCAACAGCGGCUCCACCCUCGAAUGGCAGGGGGUCAGAGGUCGGCGUUUGAGCGGGGACACAGUAGGCAGCAGUGGCAGCGGAACCACCGUCCUGGGUCUGGGUCUGAACCAGGCUGAGACCGACCCAGAUAAGAUCGCAGGUCACAUGGGCGCCGACGCCAAAAUCCUGUCCAGCGCCAAUUUACGGAAAAGUAAGAGGCCUCAUUCUCUGAGGUUAGAUGAAGUCGGAGCAAGCAGAGGUCAUGACCACGGGGAGGAAGACGAGGAGGCUGAGGGACCAGAAUGGAGUGAUGAAGACAGGGGCAACACAGAGGCCAUCUUUGACCUGGAGGACAUUGACCUGGACCAACCGGUCCCUCUGGUCCGCUCACAGAAAACCACCAAACCUCAGAAGAAACCGGUGGAACGGAGUGCCAGCUACAGCGGCAUCGGCCUCAUGACGCCCAGAGGAGCAGUGAAGCGAACGGGGAUCGAGACUGGAUUUGACCCUCUGUCCCUGCUGGCAGCCGAGUCGGACCAGCACCACGAGGACCAGGACCCGGACAGCGAGGAAACCAGGACCCCCAGUGCCCGCAGACACCUGGCCAGAGAGAUCGAGCUGUACAUGAACCACAUGGGCAGUCCACUGAGCAGCCGCACACCCAGCCUGGACCUGCAGGACCCGGCCAGCCCCCGCCUCCUGACCACCCCCCGCAGGUCCAGUCUACCCCACAGCUCCCCCCUCAGGACCGGAGGGGUACCGCGCUCCAGCACCUACCACCCACCCUCGCCCUCUCAGCCCAUCUCACGGCAGCGGCUGUGGUCGUCGCCGCCGCGCCGCAGCUCCAGCACCACACUGAGCCCCAGUCCCCGCCCCAGCCCUCGCCCUAGUCCCCGCCCCAGUCCGUACAGGGACCGGAGUGUGGUCUCCCCUUCACCCUCCUCCUCCUCCUUCAACCUGGACACUCUGAUCACACCGACCCUGGAUGUGUUCAAAACCAGCAUGGUGUCUGCAGGGAAGGGCGUGGCCGAGAAGGCGAGCCGCUGGUACUCCCGCCUUGCCACUUACACCACGCCCACAAAGGACACUCUUGGUGAUCGUCUCAGCGUGUCCUCAUUCGACCCUGACUGCUCUUCGCUGCUGGAUGAGGAUGACUGUGGAGAUCCAGACGGUGUAAGGGUCUCUGGACAGAGAAACGGCCCCAUGGGGCCCCCUGGACCCCGCAAGAGCCCCAGACGAAGCCCCCUCCGCAGCCCCACCACGAGGUCCAGUCUAGGACGACCCACGUCACUUCUUCCCGGGGGCGUCCUCUCCCCACCCUGCUUCCCUCUUCCAGACAAGUCUGACCUCGGCUCUUCACGCUACACGAGCAACACCAGCAUCUUCAACAACUAUGCCAUGGAGCUGUUGAUCUCCAGCUGUUCUCGCUGUAAAACAUGUGACUGUCUGGUUUACGAUGAGGAGAUCAUGGCCGGUUGGACGGCGGACGACUCCAACCUGAACACCACCUGUCCCUUCUGUGGAAACCCCUUCCUACCUUUUCUCAACGUGGAGAUCAGGGACAUGAGAGGACCGGGCAGGCUGUUUCUGAAGGGGAGUCCAUCUGUGGAUGAGGCCAUGACCUCCUCGUACUCUACAUCUACAGGUUUGGACACCGGGACGUCCACCCUGUCCACUCCCUGUCCUACGACGGCCGUGUCCCCCCCAUCCCCCGUCAUUGCUGUCCAGGCGACCCCAGGAGGGGGCAGGACUCGACAGUCCAGAGCUAAGGGAAUCGACAUCCCCUCAGAGCGUCGACAGGGGGCGCUGUCGCCUGGAGCGCCAAUGGCUCGGAGCAUCAGCGCCUUCGGUCCGAUGGACGAUGUGUCCCAGGUCAACAGAUGUGUUCCCACGUCCGGCAGCCUCCCCAGCCGCCUCAACGAAACCACCGACCCUCUGAGUAUGGACUGGCGGCUCCACAACCCAGAGCCGGUGACGGUUCCUUAUCUGAGUCCUCUGGUGCUGUGGAAGGAGCUGGAGAGUCUCCUGGAGAACGAGGGCGACUCUGUGAUCACCGAGGCCGACAUGGUGGACCAUCACCCCAUCAUCUACUGGAACCUGGUCUGGUACUUCAGACGCCUGGACCUACCCAGUAACCUGCCCGGCCUCAUCCUGACGUCAGAGCACUGCAACAGGGGCUCCCAGGUUCCUCGUCACUGGAUGUCAGAGGACAGUAAACAUGUUCUGAUCCAGAUCCUGUGGGACAACUUGAAGCUGCAUCAGGACCCGGUCCAACCUCUGUACAUCGUCUGGAACACGUACAGGCUAAACUGUACUCUGUUGUUAGAGCAUGUGGGCUACCCGACGUCGCGUCCGGUGCCGGAGGAGGAGAAGCCGUUCAGCGAGGAGCUUCUGCAGGGCGUGGUGAGGAGCAUCCAGAGGAACGACCUGAACCGACCCAUGGCUCAGCUACUGCAGCUGCAGGCGCACACGCUGGGGGUCAAGAGGCAAAGGAGUUUGUACAGAGACAUCCUGUUCCUGGCGCUGGUGGCUCUGGGAAAAGACAACAUCGACAUCGAUGCCUUCGAUCGGGAGUACAAGCUGGCGUACGACCGUCUGACGCCCAACCUGGUCAAACUGACCCACAACUGUGACCGUCCUCCCAGUACGGGGGUCAUGGAGUGUCGCAGGACGUUCGGAGAGCCUUACCUGUAAGCCCCGCCCCCUCCGCACCAAAGUCUCCACUUUAAGACGAGCUCAGGAAACUGGACGUGGCACCGGCGAGGAGGCGGGGCCACGUUGGCUGACCCAUUAACAGACUAGCGACGCUCCCGAGGCUGUGAAAACCCCACAGCCCAGACUUUUACCCAACAAACACCACAUGAAGAAGGAGUUUAGCAAUAUAUGAACUAUUUAUACAAACCACAGCUUUAUUUAUUGUCGGGUCUGUUCUCUGUGCGUUCCUUUCCUUUGGUUGUUGUCGUUUCAGUUACAGUCGAAUCAUUUCCACAGUGUUUAUCGUUGUGCUUUAACAUUGUGGGCGUAGAAAAACUCAGACUUUUAGAUUCAGAGAACGGUUUACGCUGCAUUCACCCAUAAAGACCCAGUUCGACAUUUGGGACACCCAAAUAAGUUUUUUUCUCUAUUAAACUUGAUUUAUCACCGUUUAUUAUAGUAUUAAACUCUAUAUUUAACAUUUUUUCAUAUUUAAUUUCCUAUAUUUAAUUUAGAUGUUCAUGAA